GGAACCCUGAACUCCAUUUUGGCAGCCUUUCCUCCACCCCCUGUCACUGCUCAGCUCCCUCAGCAGCCCAGAAGGCAGCUUUCUCUGUGCUGCUGGUCCUAAAUGGCUCCUCUCCUUCUUGGUCUUCUCCCCCUCUGGUCAUGCCUCCUGCUAUUUGGUGGCUUGGCUGAGGCGGGCAAGCUGCUGGUGGUGCCCAUGGAUGGGAGCCACUGGCUCAGCAUGCGUGAGGUGGUGAAGGAGCUGCAUAGGAGGGGCCAUGAAGUGGUGAUGGUCAUCCCUGAGGUGAGCUGGAGGUUGGGGGAGUCGGCACCAUAUACCGUGAAGACAUACAAGAGUGAGCACACUUUGGAAGAAUACAACCAGGUGUUCCAGAGAUUCGCUGAUGGCCAGUGGGAUGGCAGCUUUAAGACCCUGGUCCCUCUGCUAAGUAACAGUAACACCACUGAGCUCUUCAAGGCUAUUUAUUCGAACUGUAGGAGCUUGUUCAAAAACUCUGAGCUUUUGGACUACAUCAAGGAGAGUGCAUUUGAUGCUGUCUUUUUCGAUCCCUCUGACCACUGUGGCUUUAUUUUGGCCAAGUACUUUUCCCUCCCAUCAGUGGCCUUCACUCGGAUGGUCUUUUGCCAUCACCUAGAUGAGGCAACUGAUUGCCCCAGCCCUUUGUCUUAUGUCCCAAGAGGGAUUUCUGGACUCCCAGAUUCCAUGACCUUCAUGGAGCGUGUCUGGAACCUCUUCUUCCACCUUCAGGAAGUCUCUUUGUGCUCUCAUCUCCUCAAAUACAGCUUGGAUAUUGCCAGUGAUAUUCUACAAAAGCCCAUGACCUUUAAGGAACUAUAUAGUUACACGUCCUUCUGGCUGCUGAGAACUGACUUUGUCUUUGACUACCCAAAGCCCUUGAUGCCCAACAUGGUGCUUGUUGGUGGCAUCACCUGCCAUGAGGGGAAGCCUCUCUCUAAGGUAAGUCUUCUUCUCUGUGGGCAAGAUGCCUGGGUUGGGGAGGAGUAGGAGUCAAGAAGAAUU